AUGUGUUUGUGUUCAAACUGCGACCCCGAUAACGCCAAGAUUUUGUUUGAGGCUUUCAAAUAUCUCACAACGGACAACUUUAGCAAGAACAUCACCUCUAGAGAGUUGUUGAUUGACGUACCAGUGCCACCAAAGGUUCCAAAAGUCUCUACCACUCGAUCGGUUAUUACAGCUGAGACAGGAAUGAAGCCGUUGGUUGGAGAGCUCGAACGAUUUGCUGAGUUCUUGGUUCAAGGAUUUACUCGAUUUCACCAUUCGCAAAUCGGGGCUGAGCAUUCAGAGUUUGAACCUGAGGACCACUUCCGAAUGUUUGAGGCCCGAAGAGUUGUCGUUGGGUUUUGUGGGGGAUUUUCUGAGGAGCAGUUGGAAGAUCUUUCCGGUGGUGAGGCUAUCAGUGGUCAAACAGAACAUUUGCUCAGACAGAUCAACAAAUAUGCCAAAAAACCAUCUUAUCUUAAUUACUUGGAAGAAUUAAAAGUACAAAGUCAGGCUGCAGAAGAGGCGAAGCGUCAAAAGGUGCUAGAAAGGAAUGAAGCUACCCUUGAAAGGCGCCAACAAAGAGUAGAAGAAACAAAAAGGAAAAAUACAGAACAAGCAGCCGAACGAAAACGCCAAAAACUAGGUGGUCAACCCGGAGAGUAA